GCGCCAGGCCCGGGCAGUGCCGCGGCAGGCCCGGCCCAGCCCAGAGCAGCAGCAUGGCAGAGCACAGCGAGCUGCAGCAGCGGAUCCUCAGCAACGACCUGCACACCAAGGAGAUCGACCUGGUCAACAGGGACCCCAAGCACAUCAACGAGGACGUGGUGAAGGUGGAUUUUGAGGAUGUGAUAGCUGAGCCCGUGGGCACGUACAGCUUCGAUGGCGUGUGGAAAAGCAGCUACACCACCUUCACCGUCAGCAAGUACUGGUGCUACCGGCUGCUCUCCGCCCUGCUGGGCAUCCCCCUGGCCGUGCUCUGGGGCUUCCUCUUCGCCCUCAUCUCCUUCUGCCACAUCUGGGCAGUGGUGCCCUGCAUCAAGAGCUACCUGAUCGAGAUCCAGUGUGUCAGCAGGAUCUACUCCCUGUGCAUCCACACCUUCUGUGACCCGCUCUUCGAGGCGCUCUCCAAGAUCUGCAGCAACAUCCGAGUCGCUGUCCGCAGGGAGAUUUAGCUCCUGGAGCUGCCCCGACAGCCUGGCACAGCCCCCUCUGUGCAGGCUGCCUGUCCUUGGGCAAUGGACACCCCUGUGCAGUGAGGGAGGUAUUCAUGGACACCCCUGUCCAGUGGGUACCUGCCCAUGGACACAUCUGUCCAGUGAGGAACCGCACAUGGACACACCUGUCCACUGAGAGACCUGCCUGUGGACACCCCUGUCCAGUGAGGGAGGUGUUUAUGGACACCCCUGUCCACUGAGAGACCUGCCCAUGAACACCCCUGUCCAGCGAGGGAUCUGCCCAUGGACACACCUGUCCAGUGAGGGCUCUGCCCAUGGACACCCCUGUCCAGUGGGUACCUGCCCAUGGACACACCUGUCCAGUGGGUACCUGCCCAUGGACACACCUGUCCAGUGAGGGAUCUCUCAUGGACACACCUAUCCAGUGGGUACCUGCCCAUGGACACACCUGUCCAGUGAGGGAUCUGCUCAUGGACACACCUGUCCAGUGGGAACCUGCCCAUGGACACACCUGUCCAGUGGGAACCUGCACAUGGACACACCUGUCCAGUGAGGGAUCUGCUCAUGGACACCCCUGUCCAGUGAGGGCUCUGCCCAUGAACACACCUGUCCAGUGGGUACCUGCACAUGGACACACCUGUCCAGUGAGGGAUCUCUCAUGGACACCCCUGUCCAGUGGGUACCUGCCCAUGGACAGUGAGGGACCUCCCUCAGAGCAGUUAUUAUUUGUGACAAACAAUUGCUGUGUGGCAGCUUCUGCAUUAAACUGCUGCCCAAAACUCUUAGGGAUGGAAACUAAACCAAACCUUAUUUUCAUUUGCAUUUCAGCCAAGCUGUGACAGCCAGCCCAGCCCAUGUGUGACAUGUUGUGUCUGCUCUGAGAGCCUGAGCUGAUCCUGGGCCAGCGCCCAAGCAAACCCGCCUGGGGCACUUGGAUGCUCAAUUAUCACUUAAUUAAUUGUGCAGCAUCGUGAAGAGCCGUGGCAGGGUCAGGGCAGGGUCAGGGCAGGAUCCAGGGGAGGGUCCAGGCAGGGUCCAGGGCAGGAUCCAGGGCAGGAUCCAGGCAGGAUCCAGGGCAGGGUCCAGGGCAGGAUCCAGGCAGGAUCCAGGGGAGGGUCCAGGCAGGGUCCAGGGCAGGAUCCAGGGCAGGAUCCAGGCAGGGUCCAGGCAGGAUCCAGGGCAGGAUCCAGGGCAGGAUCCAGGCAGGAUCCAGGGCAGGGUCCAGGGCAGGAUCCAGGCAGGAUCCAGGGCAGGAUCCAGUCAGGAUUCAGGGCAGGGUCCAGGGCAGGAUCCAGGCAGGAUACAGGCAGGGUCCAGGGCAGGAUCCAGGCAGGAUCCAGGGCAGGGUCCAGGGCAGGAUCCAGGCAGGAUCCAGGGCAGGAUCCAGUCAGGAUUCAGGGCAGGGUCCAGGGCAGGAUCCAGGCAGGAUCCAGGCAGGAUCCAGGGCAGGAUCCAGGGCAGGAUCCAGGCAGGAUCCAGGCAGGAUCCAGGGCAGGGUCCAGGCAGGAUCCAGGCAGGAUCCAGGGCAGGAUCCAGGCAGGGUCCAGGGCAGGAUCUAGGGCAGGGUCCAGGGCAGAAUCCAGGCAGGAUCCAGGGCAGGAUCCAGGCAGGAUCCAGUCAGGAUUCAGGGCAGGGUCCAGGGCAGGAUCCAGGCAGGGUCCAGGCAGGAUCCAGGCAGGGUCCAGGCAGGAUCCAGUCAGGAUCCAGGGCAGGGUCCAGGGCAGGGUCCAGGCAGGGGGAGCCAGCCCUGAGCGUGGCCCUGAGCUGGGGCUGUGGGGGGACACGGAGCUUUUGGGAGCCCCACUUGAGAGACAAGCUGGGCUCUGAGCUGAGCCUGGGCUCGUUCCUCAGGGACACCUUCCCUCCACACGUGUUCAGGGGCUGCAGCCACUGCAGGGUGUGCCCCCACGGGCCAGGGCUGUCCCUCCCGUGGCCUGGGUGCAGCGAGGGGCUGCAGCAGGGCAGGAUGGCACUGACCCCCCGGCAGGAGGGGCUCCCACCCUCCCUGAGCACCCCCAGGGGAUGGGAGGGCGGGGGAAGGAGCCUCUGCCAGGACCCUGCUGAUCCAGCUCCAGGGGUAGACAGAGGGGCAAGGGCUGCAGUUCAGAGCUGUUUCCUCCCUGUGCUCUCAGUUAAUGUCAAUUAAUCUGUCAGUCCCUCUUCCACAGAGCUGCACUUUCACUCUGAGGCCCUUGAACGUUCUUCUGGCUCCAGCCUUAAGUGCCCUGCUGAGGUCUCGUUGUUCAGAGGCUGCUCUGUGUCUCUGUGUCUGCCUUCCCUUGGAGCCCAGGGCUCCUCUAGUGCCGUGCCAGGGUGAGACACAGCCAGGGUUUUCACUGGAGCUCUUCCAAGGGCUGGGGAUUGUGUACUGCUGUUAUUCCAUGGCAAUGUGGUACCCAAGCCCCAGCAAUGUCAGGCUCCAAGAAGAACAGGGUGAUU